CGAAAGGAAUCCAAUUAUUCUGCCAUAUAAGGGCCACUUGACUGACAUAGUUAUCCAGUAUUAUCACGAGCGUUCCAACCAUAUGGGCAUAAUGUAUGUUCUGGGUCUAAUGAGGGAGAAAUUUUGGGUGGUUAAGGGCAAUGCAGCGGUGAGGCGCGUGCUAGGGAAAUGCAUCAAGUGUCGCAGGGUACAUGGAAGGGUAAUUGAACAGCAAAUGGCCGAUCUACCACCUGAUCGCGUGGAGUCAGGGAAACCACCCUUCUAUCGCACCGGGGUGGACCUUUUUGGACCAUUCUUCGUGAAAAGGGGCAGAGCGCAGAUAAAGCACUGGGGAGUUAUAUUCACCUGCUUGAACAUGAGGGCCAUACACUUGGAAGUAGCGUCAAAUCUCACAUCAGACUCAUUCAUUAGUGCCUUCAGAAGGUUUUUGGCUCGUCGUGGACAUGUUAGGACGAUUAGAUGCGACUGCGGCACUAAUUUUGUGGGAUCACGGAAGGUUCUAGACUCUAGUUAUGAGUUCUUGGGAGAAAACAAGGUGCGAAAUGAGUUGCUCCAGUGUGGGGUGGAAUUUGUUUUCAAUCCCCCGGGCGCCUCACAUUUUGGAGGAGCAUGGGAACGAUUGAUAGGUAAUGUGAGGAGGGUCCUGGAUGUAGUCUUGGGGACACAGCAAUUGGAUUAUGAGGGAUUGUGUACACUCUUUUGUGAGGUGGAAGCAACAGUUAAUAGUAGGCCCCUUACCAUUGUCACCUCAGACAGUAGAGACCCAGCUCCACUCACACCAAACAAGCUUUUAAACAUGGGAGAGUCACCCGCAGGGUGCCAUGUUGCAACAGGUAGCUACUCUAAGCAGAGAUGGAAGCAAGUGCAGCACAUGGCUGAGCAGUUCUGGGCACGUUGGAAACGCGAAUACCUUUCGGGGUUACAACAGCGACAGAAGUGGUUCAAGGAACGACGAAACGUCAGGGUGGGAGACAUAGUCCUUAUGGUCAAUGAAAGUGUAGCACGCUGCCAUUGGCCACUGGCUCGAGUAGUACAGACUAAAGCAGGGAAAGAUGGACUGGUUAGGACGGUGACUGUCAGAAGGGAGGGCAAGGAUUAUGAUAGACCACUGUCGAAACUUGUUUUAAUUCUGGAGGAAGAGCAGGACCUAGUGGACAAUGCUAGGCAAUAGGUGUUGAACCCUCUUGCGGUCAAGAGGUUUCAAAGGGGGCGGGUGUCGACGUGGGAAAGUUUGGGCAUCUUCUCUGCGCGACUGUUAACAAUAUGUCCGCUGCGCGAUGAAAAACAGCUGUUUUUGUGGUAAAGAAAAGUUUGGUAAUUGAAUUUCGGGCCACGCGAUAUAAGACAUAAGCGUAUACUCUUGUCCCAUAAAAAAAAGGAAAAAAAUUUUAUUUACGAGUGAACAAGUUCCCUUUUGUGGGCACUAAGGGUGAUUUUGGACGCUUUCCCUACUUCCUCUCUCCCUUCAUGACGAGCAAGAAAAAGGAACCAUCGGCUCGGUUUCCCGCCGCCUGGUCAAGUGCGUGGGAGGGAAGCUCGCUUUGUGUUUUAAACCUAGAAGCAGACAGAUGUGCAUGGCCUUGAGGAAAUUAAGCGAUUUAGGAGGAAUGUAGGCAGUGGACCACGAGGGGAUUAAGACGGACGGUCCUUACGGUGGGAAAGCAAACGAUUUGGUAAGUAAGAGUAUUAUUUUGUUAAGAGAUCGCUCAUGACAUUUUUGGUUCCUUGAAGUGCAUGGUAAUGCCUAGGUAUAUUUCUUAAAGAUUCUAUGUGCAAUUAUUGUUAUUUUAACCAUUGUGAUCACUGAGAAAUUGAUUCUAAUGUGAGUUAAGGGAUUUACCUGUCCUAGUGUUAAGGAGUUAUCAUUUAACUAAAAUGGCAAAAUUGUCACCACUGUGAAUAUUUAUGUUUGUUCAUUUUUUCAGUGACCGAUUGUAAUAAAGGAAACUAUAAGACAGUCGCGUAUCACUCAAACCCACGUUGGG